CGCCAUUACAACAGCAUGAGACAAGUCCGUGUAAAGUGACACUUAAAACCCAUGCUGAUUGCUAUAAAAGCUCGGGAAAAAUUGCCACUGGAGAAAAGCCCAACAACUCUUUCCCUUUAUUCUCGCCUUUUCAUCUUUUACACUUUUUUCUCCCAACUCAACAAACAACAACAACAAACAAUGGGUGGUAGCAGCAAAGUCGCUAUUGUCGGUGCCGGCUCUGUCGGUGCCACGAUUGCUUAUGCAGUCAUGCUCCGGGACGUCGCCUCGGAAGUCUUGAUGGUCGACGUCGUUCCAGAUAUCGUUCGCGGUCAGGUUCUUGACUUAAGUGAUGCCAACUUGGUCAGCACCACUAAGGUGCGUGGUGCCACGAGCGAGGAAGCUGGUCAAGCCGAUGUCAUCAUCAUUACUGCCGGUGCCAAACAAAAGGAGGGUGAAUCGCGCACUCAGUUGAUCGAUCGAAACUACAAGAUUCUAAACAGCGUCAUUGGCGCCAUGCAGCCUAUUCGCAAGGAAGCCAUCAUGAUUCUCGUCGCCAACCCCGUCGACGUCUUGACCCAUAUUGCCCACAAGCUCUCUGGCCUUCCACGCAACCAAGUGCUUGGCUCGGGCACCUUCUUGGAUACUUCUCGUCUUCGUGUCUAUCUGUCUCAAAAGCUAAAGGUCGCUGCAUCCAGCAUCCACGCAUUUGUUUUGGGUGAACAUGGUGAUAGCCAAUUUAUUGCGUGGGAGUCGGCGACGGUCGCCGGUAAACCCUUGUUGUCAUUCCCCGAGGUGCAGGCUAUGGAUAGGGCUGAGGUGGAGAAGAUGAUUACAAACAAGGCAAUGGAAAUCAUCAAGCUGAAGGGUGCUACUUAUUAUGGCAUUGGUGCUUGUACUGCAUCGUUGGUCGAGGCCAUCUUGCUUGACAAGAGCGAAGUCCGCCCUCUUUCUGUCUAUGUUGAAUCAAUGGGAACCGUGCUUUCAGUGCCUGCCAAGCUUGGCUAUAACGGUGUUGAAAAGAUCUUUGACAUUCCUCUCAGCAAGGAGGAGCGCGGCCGCUUGGAACAGAGUGCCGAAACUCUCAAGGAAAUCUGCUCAAAGUAUCAGUAAAAAAAACACGACUCAUGCAUGCAUGCGUACAACAUUUCAGAAAUAGCAUUUGUAUAUAAUUUAUACUUAAUCCACAAAUAAACAAACCAUAUAAAAGCAACACAAUAAACUACUUUCACUUUUUUCAUA